GAUAACCUUAGUUGUGUGAACUAUUCGAGACGCGACCCCAAGUCGAGCCUCAACACGACCAAAGACGGUUUUCAUUGCAGCACAGCGAGGCGUCGCUUUUGUUGGUGAAGGAAGCAGUUUUUGAUUAUUUAAUACAGAAUUUUGACGGAUCAGCACAACACGACAUACACAACACCUUUUCUCCCGUCAACGCCUUUUCCGGCUCGAAAUACAAAUUCCAAGCCAAGCAAAGAAGGAGGGACAGAAAGAAAGAGAGAGAACCAAAGAUAUGGAAAAGGACCUCGAGAAGCGCCGACCGGGGCGCAUCAGCCACUUCAAACGAGUGUUGGAUCAAGGCGCGGUCAACGAUGAUAUCAUCAACGCCCACUACGCAGGUGCAGGCACCGAGGAGGACCCUUAUAUCGUGAAGUGGCUCGACGAUGACCCUGUGAAUCCGAUGAACUACUCCGACAGGCGAAAAUGGUUCAUAACCAUGUUAGUCGCCCUUGCGACUCUGGCUGUGGCAUUUGUAUCGUCUGCAUAUUCGGGAGGAAUUUCCGAGAUUCUUUUACAAUUUCGCGUGGCCACCAUCAUUGGCACUCUGGGUGUAUCUUUAUUUGUCGUUGGAUUUGCGAUUGGCCCUCUCAUGUGGGCGCCUUUGAGUGAACUUUACGGACGACAGUAUCUCUUCUUUGGCACCUACAUGUUCCUCACAGCCUUCAAUGCCGGUGCUGCCGGGUCCCAAAACAUAGCCACGCUGCUCGUGCUACGUUUCCUCGCCGGUUCCUUCGGCUCAUCUCCUCUGACCAACGCCGGCGGUGUCAUUGCCGACAUGUUCCCAGCAGCACAGCGUGGUCUGGCCACCAGCCUUUUUGCCGCAGCUCCUUUUCUCGGCCCAGUCAUUGGCCCCAUUGUGGGCGGUUUUGUCGGCGAGACAGUUGGUUGGCGCUGGGUCGAAGGCGUAAUGGCCAUCUUCACCGGUGUCCUCUGGCUCGUCUGCGGCGUCUUCGUCCCCGAGACGUACGGCCCCGUCCUCCUCCGCAAGCGCGCAGCCAAGCUGUCCAAGAUCACGGGCAAGUGCUACAGGACGCAGACCGAUGUGCAGCAGGGCCGCAUCAGCCUGGGCCAGGCCUUCAAGACGGCCCUGUCGCGCCCUCUGAUCCUCCUCUUCCGCGAGCCCAUCGUUUUUCUCCUGUCCAUCUACAUGGCCAUCAUCUACGGCACGCUGUACAUGCUCUUUGCGGCGUUUCCCAUCGUCUUUCAGGAGGUGCGCGGCUGGUCGCCUGGAGUCGGGGGUCUGGCCUUUCUGGGCGUUUGUGUGGGUAUGCUUCUUGCCGUUGCGUACUCUAUCUACGACAACAAGCGGUACAUCAGGGUCAUUGAGAACUCCGAGCAGGGCUUUGCGCCUCCAGAAGCUCGUCUCCCGCCUGCCAUUAUUGGUUCUAUCUGCAUGCCCAUUGGUCUCUUCUGGUUCGCCUGGACCAACUCCGCAAGCAUCCACUGGAUCGUCUGCAUCAUCGGCUCCGCACCCUUCGGCUUCGGCAUGGUCCUCGUCUUCCUCUCCAUCAUGAACUACCUCAUCGACGCCUACGUCAUCUUCGCCGCCUCCGUCCUCGCCGCCAACGCCGUCCUCCGCUCCCUCUUCGGUGCCGCGUUCCCCUUGUUCACCUCGUACAUGUAUACCAACCUGGGCAUCCACUGGGCCUCCUCCAUCCCGGCCUUUCUCGCCCUAGCUUGUGUUCCCUUCCCUCUCCUCUUCUACAAGUACGGCCCUGCGAUCCGGAGCAGGUGUAAGUUUGCUGCACAGGCGGCUGCUUUCCUGGAGAGGCUGCGUGGGGAGGCGCAGGCUGAAGAGUCGGACGACAGCAGCUCGACUGAGCACCAGCCCCAGUACGCCGCGCUCAACGCGGCCGGUGGUGGUAUCAGCCGCAGCAGAGCCAACACGGUUUCUUCGCGGAAGAGCAAGGCGAGUCUUAGGAGGACGCGCAGCGCGGCGUAUGAUGCCAGUCCUUAUGAUAUCGAUCGGGUGAAUACGAAUGAGAGUUUUCGGGACAGGGGGUUGGGGAGCAGGAAGAACUCGUUUGCGAGGAAGAAGUAGGAAUGGUAGAUGGUUAUGCAAGGGAAAGGGAAAGUCGAGCCGUGUGUGACCUGGAGUCUUGAGGCUAGCUGGACUGUAUUUGCAAUUUGGUCAUGAUUUAUGCAUUAGACUAUUAUAUUAAUUCGAUGAUGUACAAUUUACAUCUAUAAUGAUGGAUAUCAAGAGAGAGGG